GGUGAUGGAUAUUUAUCAUCUGAUAUAAUUGGUCUAUUUGAAUUUAGAACUUAUCGAUUCUUAGAAAGUUCUGAUAAUAAUGAUGCAUCAAAAGAUAUAAAUGAAUUACAAUUAGAUAAUAUAAAAUCUACUUGGUUUACAACACCAACCAAUGCAAAAAAAGUUAUUAAUGAUAAACAAAAAUUUCUAAAAAAACAAAAAAGAAAAGAUUCUGAAUUAUUUCGUGAUAAACUUUAUGAUAAACCAAAGAAACAACGAACAAAUAGUUCUUAUUGGAAUGAGUAUAAUGGACAAGAAAUA